GUCACUCAUCAAGAAAGUAGAAUAUGAAGAAGAUCCACCGGCCUCUAAGAUGAAAAGGGUUCUCAAAAAACUUGCCUGUAUAAUAUCAGCGUCAAAGAUUAUCUAGUUUAAUCCUGGUACAUGAGAACAAAUGUGAUUGAAAUUUCCAACCAAUCAAUUUAGAUGGAAAUAAACGAAGGAAGAUCCUUGACUGAAACUCCCACUUGGGCAGUUGCAACUGUUAUUAGCGUUUUGGUUGGUUUUGGGUUCUUCAUUCAUGGUUGUUUAAGGAGACUUGCAGAGUGGUUGGAUGAGACUAAGAGGAAGCCUCUCCUGGCUGCAUUAGAGAAGAUCAAGGAUGAGCUGAUGCUAUUUGGCCUCUUAUCAUUGCUAAUGGGCCAUUGGAUUAUUUUUGUUGCUAAGAUUUGCAUUAAGUCAUCGGCCUCAAGUACCCGCUUCUACCCAUGCGCUCCUGGGGAUGUUGUCAAGGGAACCGCUUUCCUAGAUCAUAACGUUGUUUUCAGGGCUGAGAACUUGAAUACCUCGUUUCCAUCAGGAAAGCAGAAUUUUUGUCCUGAGGGACAUGAAUCAUUUGCUUCCCGUGAAAGCCUAGACCAGCUCCAUCGUCUUGUGUUCAUAUUGGGAGUCACUCAUGUUUUAUAUAGCUUCCUUGCACUAGCUUUGGCCGUGAUCAAGAUUUACAGCUGGAGAACGUGGGAGAAUCAUGCUAAGUUGGUGGCUCUUCAGUUGUCCCAAGAUUCAGGGGAAGCCAGUGGGAGGAUUGCUCGUGUAUCGUCCUUCAUCUUCAACCACACUUCUCAUCCGUGGAGCCAUCACAGAGUACUUGUUUGGCUGCUUUGUUUCAGCCGCCAAUUUUGGAGUUCAAUAAAUCAAGCCGAUUACAUGGCUUUGCGCCUGGGAUUUAUCACUACUCAUCAGCUACCAUUGAACUAUGAUUUCCACAAGUACAUGAUUAGAAGUAUGGAAGAAGAAUUCCGAGAUAUUGUUGGCAUCAGCGUUCCACUCUGGAUUUUCACCAUAUCAUGCGUUAUUCUAGGCUUUCACGGGACUGAUAUUUACUUCUGGAUUUCCUUCUUGCCGGCCAUUUUGAUCCUCCUUAUUGGCACCAAAUUGCAUCGCGUAGUGGUAAAGCUUGCUGUGGAGAUCGCAGAAACAAUUCCACAAGCAGGAUUUCAUCAGUUUAACCUCAGAGAUGAGCUCUUCUGGUUUGGGAAACCUAGGCUUCUGCUCCGAUCAAUUCAAUUUAUAACAUUCCAGAAUGCAUUUGAGAUGGCGACAUACCUCUGGUCACUAUGGGAAAUUAAGGGAGCAUCAUGUUUCACUGAAAACCAUAUUUUUCUUGUGAUCCGCUUGGCAUUCGGGCUGGUCUCUCAGUUUUGGUGUAGCUUCAUCACUUUCCCACUCUAUGUUAUUAUCGCUCAGAUGGGCUCCAAGUAUAAGAAAUCAAUAGUUUCUGAAAAUGUGAGGAGAUCACUUCACGGAUGGAGAAACAAGGCAAGGACACAGCAAGAAAACCCAUUUUUUCCCCUGGUAACUACAGCAUCAACCAUGUCCUUGGAUUCGAUGGCGGAGGACAGCGGAGAUGAUCCCUCAAGCAGCUCAGGUGGUGGCUUUCAAAGAAUCGAAGAUUCCACUAGCUCAGAUGAUCUUGGUCGUCCCUCCACAGAACAAACUCAAAAACCGAAUAAUGACAUUUCACCUUCCGAUGAGAAACAUCAUACUUGUGGUUCGCAAUCUGGUAAACGUGCAGAAAUUUGUGACUGUGAAAGACAUGAAUCAGAUGAUGUAGGAAGAUAGUUCAUCUCUUCUUUAAUAAAAUCACAACGGGAUAAGUGGUCAAGUGACAGGCUAAAGAGAGUCAGUGAGUGUUCGAGGCAGCAGAAUAUAGCCUUCAAUGCAGUCGAAUAUGUAUUGCCUGCGGUAUUGAUUAUAGCUGCUUCUACACUACAAGGGGCUUCUUUGUGUACUUUAAAUGUGUCAAACAAGUGAAACAACAGCAUGUAGGCAGCAUUUUGAAAUUAAA